AUGGGGAAAGUGUGUUUUACGAUAUAUUCUGCUCUUCUUGUGCUAACUAGAGCCAUUUACGUAAAGAGUGGUGCUGGUAAGCACAAUGUUUAGACUAACAUCUACAUGUUUUUUCCUUUUUCUGUUUUUUUUUCUUUUUUUUUUUCCUUUGGAAAGCUGACUAUUAAGUAUGCUUGCUUAUUAAAAGAAAAAAGGAUGGUACUGUAAUUGGCCGGACAAAUAGCGCCCACAGCACUUUAGAUACCAAAAUGUAUUCAGACUGUUCCGGUGAACGCUUGGUCAUUAACGCCGUCUGUUAUUAUUAAUAUUCGAAUCGGUCUUGUCAGUUAGUCGUCGUUCAGCAGUCGCAGAGUUCGGCCAUAAAAAAAAAAAAAAAACUACGUUUAGUCGCUGUGUUUUGUUUUCGAAUUUUUUAAUAGUGGUAGAAUGAAAGUCUUAACUAAUUACUACUCGAAUCGGUCGUGUCGGUUAGUUGUUGUUCAGCAGUCGCAGAGUUCAGACAAAAAAACAGUACGUUUAGUCGUUGUGUUUUCGUUUUCGAAUUUUGUAAUAGUUGUAGAAUUUAUCGUCGAAACACAGACACCACGAAACCAUUUUAAAUUUACGAUCGAUAUAGCCAUUUUUUGGUAAAAAAAGGCGAAAUUAAAGUUUUGUGUUGUUCAGGUGAGCUGGUUGAAAAAAUAGUUCAAUAAAAUUAGUGCACAACAGUCAUUGUGCUUGUUCCACACAUUAGCGCUUAGGAUCCAACAUUAAAAUUAACCUAAAUUAUAUUAAGAAGAAUACUCAUUCGACAGAUCGGUAAGGAGUGGAUGUUUGAAAGUGGAGCAAAUAUUCUUCGUAUGAAGCUAAUCACAUAGCAAACAAAAGACAACAACAAAUAAAAACAAAAAACAAGAAGCAAAAUACAAAACAAAGCAAGGAAAACAAUGGAUUGAUUCCGAUUUAGAUCCAUACCUACAGCGACCAAAAAGAGCUGUUUACAAUCGAAUACAGUUAAAUAAACGUUCACCUAAGUUGGUUUUGGAUGCUAUUUUACUCCAAAGAAUAUUAAUUCUACAUUCAGCUACCGUGAAGAAGAACUUCAAUGGUUCCAGCUACAUUUUCUAUAGGAGCAAUGGUUACUGGUACAAUUGGGAAGGAAGCAAAAAAAUAUGUGAAAAGUCUGGAUAUAACCUUGUUUCUAUUGAGAGUCGUGAAGAAUGGAACUUCCUGAAUCGAACCAUCCAUAAAGAGAUUACCAAUGAAUACUUCAUAGGUUUAUGGAAAGAUACAUCAACUGGAGUGUGGAGAUGGUUAAGUGAUAACAGCACAGUCGAUGCGUCCAAUAAAGGAGAUUGGCCCUGGGCAACUGGACAACCAAGCAACGGAAAUACUGAAGAGAGCUGCGCGCAGAUGUACGGAAAUUUUUCUAAUAACUUUGGGCGCUAUAAUGAUGUCCCCUGUACCCUUCCCAUCGUAAAUUCAGGAUUCAUAUGUGAAUUGACAGGUAGAGGAGGUAAUAGACCCUUUAUUCACAUUACACGAAACUGAGAAUAAGAAUAAGUAAAUCGUAUUACGGCCCAGUCCUUCCCUAGAAACUCAGUUACACCGAGGAAGAAGGCUAAAAAAAUUACAUAACAUAGUAUAAAUGCUAGAUAGACCGUGAAGUCACUUUGGAUCCUAAUAGUGAGCCAAUAAGGACUUCUUGUUAUACAAUUGGCUAAAUUAUUUUAAUAUAUCUAUUUAUUCGUUUAUAUAUAUAUUUUUUUUCCUUUUUUUUUCCAUGUAUAGAUACCACACUGUUACCAUUGCUAUGCGCUCCAUUUAAAAUAGGAUAUAAAAUCACCAAAUUACAAUGACAAGUGAAUUUUCAUAUUCUUUUCUAGAGAAAAAAUCAGCGAAACCGACGGCAUCCACCCUAACAGGUAAGUGUUGGCGUUGUAAGUGUUGAAGGCUUGACCUAUCCAACGAAUAUGUCUAGACGAUGAUGUGAAUCAGCGCUGAAUGUAAGUGUAAACAAAGUAAAGUGGCAUAACUUCUCUCGACUUACUCCUUGAAACUCCUGCAAAUCUUUAAUUUUAAAUUUAUACAUAUAUGUAUGUAGAAUAGGAACAGACAAACCUUAAACGAAUAGAGAAAAAAUGCGCAUACUUUUGGUUCUUCGUUUUGGUUUGUUGUUAUUUACAACUUUUGUGAGCAUUAUUAUCAUUACCUGCCAGUAUUUGUACAAUUUCUAUGUUAGAAAAACGUGGAAUUUUUACUGAAAAUGCUAAUAGUGAAUCACUAACUUUGGUUUUGUGUUCCUCUCUAAUUUAGGACAGAAUGAUGGAUCCCAGGCAUCGACAACUGCCCGGGUCAAAAGACCACCUACAACUGCGACAACAGGUAAAAGCUUAUCCACCCUUUUUUUGGUUAUUACCGUUUUUAAUAUCUACCCACAAGUAUUUUUACAAUGUUAAUAUAUAUUAGAAAAGCGUUGACUUUUUAUUAAAAAUGCUAAUAGUGAAUUACUAACUUUAGU